AUGCGCGCCCCGCCGAGCUGUCCGCGCUGGGCGCUGCUGGCCCUGGCGCUGCUGGCCCUGGCGCUGCCCGCAGAGCUGCUGGAGCUGCUGCCGCACGGCGAGGACCGCGGCGAUGCCGCGCUGGAGCCCGGGGACGAUGUGCAUUCGGCGGCUCUGGAGCUGAGCACGGCGCUGCGCUUCUACGGCGCGGCCGUCCGCUCCCUCUAUGUUACCACUAAUGGGAUUAUUGCAGUGAAUGAGCCCUCAAGUGAAGAAAAAUACCUUGGUCAAUUCCCAGUAAGUUUUGGGGCUAUUGCUCCUUUUAUGGCCGACCUGGACACAACAGAUGGACAUGGAAAUGUGUAUUACAGAGAAGAUUCAUCCUCAGAUGUCUUGCAACUUGCAUCAGACUAUAUCAAAAGAGGUUUUCCUGAGACUGCUUUUGUUCCCAGCAGUGUUGUUAUUGUUACCUGGAAGCUUGUGGCUCCUUUCCAGGCACCAGGAGAAGAUCACGCUUUGGAAGAAAAGAGAAACACAUUCCAGGCUGUCUUAGCCUCUUCUGAUUCCAGUUCAUAUGCUAUUUUCCUUUAUCCAGAAGAUAGCUUGCAGUUCUAUAGUACAUACUCCAAGAAUGGUGAUGAAAAUAUUCCUGCUAUGGUUGGCUUUAGUCAAGCCUCUACAAACUACUACUUUUGGGAAAAGCCAGGAUCCUACAAUGUCAUUGCUAAUGAUGAAGACAGUAUUAGAAACCUGUACAAAAGCAGCAAUGCUGGGAAGCAGGGCGUCUGGGUGUUCGAGGUUGGUAGCUCAUCUGACAGUAUUGUACCUGCCAAAAUCAGCAAUAUUUUGGAGACCAUGGAGCCUAACGAAGAAGACGAGGAGAUGACUUCUAAGCCCUUUACAUCUGACUAUGGUUCCACUGAAAUAACACAGCAGUACAUCACAAGUAGUACAGACAGCACUGAAGAGGAUCAGCACCUUGUCACAUACAGUGUUCCUCGGUUAGCUGCGGGAGACUUUCCGACUUCAUACCAAGAUGUAACAGGAACACCUUCAACUGAGUCUUUUUACAGUCCUCAAAAUUUCCCAACAGCAAAAGCUCCACCUCGGCAGUUUCGCAUCCAGCAGUUCCCCCCACAGCCACCUCAAGUCAUAGAUGUGGAAGAAUUUGAUGAAACUGGAAUAGUGUUUCGGUACCACACAGAUGUCCAACAGACCUGUGCUAACAACCGCCACCAGUGCUCCGUUCAUGCUAUUUGCAAGGAUUAUCCCAGCGGGUUUUGUUGCAGCUGUAUUGCUGGUUACAAAGGAAAUGGCAGACAGUGUGUAGCAGAAGGUUCUCCUCAGAGAGUCAACGGCAAGGUCAGAGGAAGAAUCUUUGUAGGAAACAACCCCGUUCCAGUUACAUUUGAGAACACUGAUCUCCACUCCUAUGUUGUGAUGAACCAAGGGCGUGCCUACACUGCUAUCAGCACAAUCCCAGAGACUUUGGGGUAUUCUUUACUACCUCUUGCCUCUAUUGGAGGUAUCAUAGGAUGGAUGUUUGCUGUGGAACAGCAAGGAUAUAAAAAUGGAUUCAGCAUUACUGGUGGUGAGUUUACACGGCAAACAGAAGUAACUUUUCUUCGUAACAAUGAAAAGCUGGUUGUGAAGCAGAAGUUCAGUGGCAUUGAUGAGCAUGGUCACCUUACCAUCAGCACAGAAAUGGAAGGCAGAAUACCCGAGAUCCCGCCUGGAGCAUCAGUCCAUAUAGAGCCAUACACUGAACUCUACCACACUUCUAGCUCCGUGAUCACUUCAUCGUCCUCGAGGGAGUACACAGUGACAGAGCCAGAAAGGGAUGGAGUUGCUUCCACGUACACGGGUGCCUAUCAGUGGCGCCAGACCAUCUCCUUUGACGAAUGCAUCCAUGAUGACUCCCCCCAUUCUGCUCCUGCCACUCAGCAGCUCUCGGUGGACAGUGUGUUUGUCCUGUACAACAGAGACGAGCAGAUCCUGCGAUAUGCCAUGAGCAAUUCCAUUGGCCCCAUCAGUGAUGGUUCUGCUGAUAUUAACCGGAAUCCUUGCUACACUGGCACUCAUAACUGUGACACCAACGCCAUGUGCCGUCCAGGAACUGGGAAUCGUUUCUUCUGUGAAUGUUCAAUUGGCUUCCGUGGAGAUGGACACGUUUGUUAUGAUAUUGAUGAGUGUUCAGAGCAGCCAGGGCUGUGUGGCAGCAAUGCAGACUGCAACAACCAGCCGGGAACCUACCGCUGCGAGUGUUUUGAGGGAUACCAGUUUGCAGCAGAUGGGCAGACUUGUGUUGCUGUGGAGUAUGUGGUAAACCACUGCCAGAGGGGCACACACAACUGUGACAUCCCUCAGCGUGCUCAGUGUGUGUACACCGGAGGGUCCGCCUAUGUCUGCACGUGUCUCCCUGGCUUCUCCGGAGAUGGGCGUGCCUGUGAGGAUGUAGAUGAGUGUCAACAGGGUCACUGUCAUCCAGAUGCUUUCUGCUACAACACUCCUGGGUCCUUCAGCUGCCACUGCAAGGCAGGUUAUCGUGGGGAUGGUUUCCGAUGUGUGUUAGGAGAAGUAGAAAAGACCAAAUGCCAGCAUGAACGCGAAGUAGCCCUUGGCAGUGGAGGUGCUUUCUUCCCAAGGGAUGUAAGAGUUGCUCACUUCAUUCCCCAGUGUGAUGAGCAUGGGAAUUACAUGCCCACUCAGUGCCAUGUUGGCAGUGGAUAUUGUUGGUGUGUGGACAGGGAUGGAAAUGAGAUUGAUGGCACCAGAAGCGGUCCAGGAGUUCGACCACCAUGUCUGAGCACAGCUGCUCCUCCUGUUGUUAUCGGGCCCUCUGUUCGACCAGACACAGUACCUCUGCCGCCGGGAACACACUUGCUUUUUGCCCAAAGCGGUAAAAUUGAACAUGUUCCACUAGAGGGAAACAGUAUGAAGAAAAAUGGUGCAAAAGCACUCUUGCAUAUUCCAGACAGAGUUGUUAUUGGAGUUGCUUAUGACUGCGUGGACAAGAUGGUUUAUUGGACAGACAUCAGCGGCCCUUCGAUCAGCAGGGCCAGCCUGCAUGGUGGGGAGCCAACAACCAUAAUCAGAACAGACUUGGGAAGCCCUGAAGGAAUAGCUGUAGAUCAUCUAGGUCGCAACAUCUUCUGGACUGACUCUCAACUGGAUAGAAUAGAAGUGGCCAGGCUGGAUGGGCGCCAGCGUCGCAUCCUUUUUGACACUGGCUUGGUGAACCCCAGAGCAAUUGUCGUGGAUCCUGUGAGAGGAAACUUGUACUGGACUGACUGGAACAGAGAAGCUCCUAAAAUUGAAACUUCAUACAUGGAUGGCACAAACAGAAGAAUUCUUGUUAAAGAUGAUCUUGGGUUACCAAAUGGACUGACAUUUGAUCCUUAUUCCUCAAUGCUGUGCUGGGUAGAUGCAGGUACCAAGAGGCUGGAAUGCAUGAACCCUAAUCAGCUUGGUCGACGAAAGAUUGUUGAAGGGAUUCAGUAUCCUUUUGGUGUCACAAGCUAUGGGAAGAAUUUGUACUAUACAGACUGGAGAAGGGAUGCUGUUGUUGCAGUGGAUCGCACAAUUUCAUUAGAAAAUGAUAACUUCCAGCCUCACAAGCGCUCACGACUCUACGGAAUCACCACAGCCUUUGCUCAGUGCCCAGGAGGACAUAACUACUGUACGGUGAAUAAUGGUGGUUGCACUCACCUCUGCUUGGCUACCCCAGGAGGCCGUACUUGCCGCUGCCCUGACAACACAGUUGGAGUAGAUUGUAUAGAAAGAAACUGAGCAUUAAAAUAAGCUUUAGAGCUGCAGACACCUUUUGGAAAUGUGCUGUAAACAAUUCACUCCUAUCAACACAAUCAGGCCCUAAAGAUAAGUGCUCCAUGCUGCUGACAGCAAACCACAAUGCACGUAUGCAGACACACACACACACACACACACACACAGAGGCAGAGGCUGUUUGUGCAACAGAUAA